GUGGAGGUGGUGGGCAUCUGGCAGCCGAGGCAGUGGCUGCGCACGCGGAUCCGGAGUUUCUUCAUCCGCACCUUCCUCGACCACGACUUCAGCCUCAAGGACUUCACGCGCGGCUCCAAGCAGGCUUUUGCUCUUGUUUCAAACCAGCUGUCUCAAUGUAAACUUGAUCUCUUGGAAGAACUUGUAGCAAAAGAGGUGUUUCAAGUGUGGAAGGAGAGGCUUGCUUUGCUGUCUGAUGACAACAAGAAUGCCUUGACUGUUGAUAUGGAUAAAAUAAUGUUAGCAGCAGCAGAAGAUAUUCACAUUUACUUUGAUGACAGUGGAAGACGUUUUGCUAGAAUCUUGAUGGGCUUUUGGUAUCGCACUAGUGCUGUUAUCUCUGAAGGUGCUCCAGUGGGGGCCAAAGUUUUCUCUUUUGGACCUGAAAAAGCUAAACCUGUUGUAACAGCAAAAUAUGAGUUCCAAAGGGAAUUUACACAAGGUGUAAAGCCAGACUGGACUAUUACAUGGAUUGAAUACCCACAGCUACUCUAAUACAUUUUUUUGACAAUUACUUUUAUGGACCCUUAGUGUACGGGCAAACCAGCAAGAUGCCAGGAUGUUUUUGUGUCCGUGUUUUGUAGAUUCAUUUUUGUAUUUUUAAUUUCCAGAAUUAGUUUUUUCAAUUUACAGUACCAGCUCAGUUGCUCUGAAAGCAUAACAAUAAAGCCUUUUCCACAAGUC